CUCCACAAGUCCUUGAUUUUACAUAUUCGAUUGCCUGGUCAUUUGUUGUGAAAUAACGUAAAUAUUGCCGCGGGGCCUGAGGUUCGGGGCAGUCGCAGAGUUGCCGGAUCGCACAUUUCAACCAGAAAUGUGGCAACCUUGCAUUAGGCACGCCAUAUUUAGCAAGAAAGAAAAUUCGCGUAGUGCUCUAAAGAAUACCAGAAAAUCAAUAAGAAUUGCUGGUAAAAUUGGCUAAAAUCAGUGCGAGGCGCGUGUGACUUUUGUUCGGGCCAAAGGUUAGGGGGUUGUGGCCAUUUCAGCUGUUCUCGAGCGCCGCAAGUGCGACAACAACGUUGAAGAAGAAGAAAAUCAACUAAGGCAGUCAGUAAAAAUUGAAAUUCAACAUUAAAUAUGAAGGAAAUGGCGAGCACCAGCGGGAAUCACACCCAAUCUACGGAGGACACCACCUCCUCAAUAAUCACCUACAGUCCGAGCAAAUUCUUGACUCGCGUUGGGACUGGCAAAAACACAUACGCCACACAUACACACACAACAACAACGACGGCGGCGACCGCAACAAAAACAAACAAUACGCCAGUGGGCGGAGCAAGUGCCUCGUACUAUGUGGUGAAGGCCGGCUCCCUGGGCAGCGCAGCUUCCAUGACAGGAUCCAUCAAAGUCAGCUCGCCACCCAAGGCUCCGCCGGCGAUUAAGUCGCCGGCCCUGAUCAUCACAUCGCCCGCCACACCAACCGAGAGUUCCAGCACCAUUUCGGCGCCCAGCGAGUCCUCCUUUGGCGAAAAAAUGGAACACAGCUAUAUGCGAGAUCCACCGGUCCGCAGCGAGGUCAACAAUGGCCUCAUGCCGACCAGGAAUAUCCUGGUCCGACACCCACCGCAGUGUCCAAGUUGUCACACAUAUCCACAGCACGAGGAGUUGGCGGAAUUGCAGCAGGCACAUGUGCCGCCAUACGACGAGAUUGCCGCCAAAGAGGCUAUGAACGAGUGCGCCCGCAUUGCAAAGUACGUUAAGAACAACAAUUCGGAUGAACAAGAUUGGGUGGCUCGCGUGAAUCAAUUUGGUUGGACGCCCAUGCAGCAAAUGCUAUUCGAGAAGGUAUGCUCCAUUCUGGACCAGGAUCAGUUGGCUCGCCUGGCCAACGAUAAACGCCAGCACGAGGCCAUACACCGACGCGUGAGUGCAGACAAGUCCGCCUCAAGGAUGCGCAAAGCUCUGGCCAGCGUGGCCUGGGAGUCGCGCAUUACACAGUGGAUCCAUGCCCUACUUAUGGAGCACCUGUCGCCUUCGUACAUGGCCUCUUACCUGGAAAUUCUACAGACGCUGAAGACUAAGUUGCCUACUUUGAUCGACAAGAUGUUGUUCAGCAGACCGCUAAACAAUAGCCAGGAACUACUGGCACCGGUGAUGAAAAAGCGAUGGGAGCCGAACAUCUUGCCCAAAGGGCGUCAGCUUGCGCACAAUGCCAUCAUGGUGGUGCUGCCCACGAUGCCUACCAGCGGCCCAGUUUCGGACCGCAUGCAGAAGUGGUACCAAGCACUGGCCACCAUUACCCAGGUGGUGCAGAUCACGCUGCCAAAUACGAACAACAGAAUUGGUAAUCAGAACCUGGACCAGGUGGCCGAGACCAUUGUGUCCCUCACACGCGUCAGAAUUCACGAAUUGCGCACGGAUAAUCCAAAUCGUGGCAUCAUUCUCGUCGGCUUCAAUGCUGGAGCGGCCUUGGCUCUGCAGGUUGCACUUUCGGAAAGUGUGGCUUGCGUGGUUUGCAUGGGAUUCGCUUACAACACUAUGCGUGGACCGCGUGGAACGCCCGACGAUCGCAUGCUGGACAUUAAGGCGCCCAUACUCUUUGUUAUAGGGCAGAAUUCAGCCCGCACCAGCCAGGAGGAAAUGGAGGGCUUGCGCGAGCGAAUGCAGUCAGAAUCCUCAAUGGUGGUGGUUGGCAGUGCAGAUGAUGCUCUCCGUGUUCCAAAAAGCAAGCGGCGCAUAGAGGGCGUCACACAGACCAUGGUGGAUUCUAUGGUGGUGGAGGAGGUCUUUGACUUUGUAAAUCGAACCCUGAGCAAUCCGCCUGGACCCCGCAUGCCAACGUCGCUGAUGCACCAUCAAGGUUUCCAGCGCCAGCAGAAGCAGUCAACUCACAUCCUUGCCGAUGGAAAUGCAAACAAGGCUGUUCAGCAGAUGCGCAAGAGGAAGGCUGACGGUGGUCAGGACGAUCCAAUGGGUCAGCCGGUCAAGUCAAAGUUUGUGCCUCACAACCGCGUUCACAAGCCGAAGCCACCGCGCCUCAUUGAUCCGUUUGCUGCCAAGCGAAAGGUUGGAAGACCCCGCACUCGCCCUCUUCCCAAUGUCGGUGGCUCGGCUGGCUCUGGUGGCCAAAAAGAUGAUGCCCUGGACUACGAGGACGUACAAUCGACUGCAGGAGGAUCCGUUGCCAUCCCCAAGGUGAUUAAUCCAGGUGUUCUGGGGAAGCAGCUGCCGCCCGUCAAUCUAGCAGCCGGCACCAAAAUCAAGAUGAUUCCAUCCAACCAGUUUGUCCAGAUCAAAACGCUUCCAUCGCAGAGCAAACUCAUCAACUACACAAUGAACAAGGCUGGCGGUGGACCAGGAAGCACCGCCACCAUUGGCAGCAUUGUAAAGACGCUACCCAGCUCAACGGUUGUUGGCCAGCAGAUAUUUACGCUGAAAACGCCCACUGGUCAAACGCAGCAGUUUGCAACAGCGGCCCCAUCUACGAGUGCAGCUGGCACAUCGUCAUCCUCAACGACGGGACAACAGAAAUAUACGGUGUUCAAAAACGCCAAUGGAAUGACAAUGCUCAGCCUUACCAAAAAUGUGCCCACAACAACAAGCAGCAGCUCUUCGGGGAAUUUGGAUUUGGCCAACAUUAUCGACAUGCCGAUUGUUUUUGCCGACAACGAAGGCAACAUUCCCGAGCAUCAACAGGCGGAUAAGGAUGUUAAACCAGCCCCCAUUCGUCCCGCCAAUAAGACCCCGCUAAUAAUUAGCCAGAAGAUCAUUAAGGAGGCCAAUAAACCCCCAGGCAUUGUCACCAACAGUGGAAGCAUUAGUGGCGCCAACAAGCCAGGCAAUAUUGUGCUUAACAAGGGCCUCCAUCAGUUGUUUACCCCGUCGCCUGGAGGAACAGUUGCCGGACAAAAUAAAGUGGUAUAUCUCAACAGAAAUACAAUGAAACCAAUGGGAAAUAUGGUGACUGGUGCUCACCGCGUGCCCAUAAGGAUUGUGAGCAACCCAAAAACUGGAGCAGUGACGACCACGACAUCCAACAGUCCUCUGAUGGUGGAUCCUGCCACAGGAUCUCUGGUUACCGGUGUUAAGACCGUCAAUGUGCAGACCAUCAAGCCGACGGCAACUGGCCUUGCGCAAGGAACUCUCCGUCAAGCCGGCAACGUGGCCAACAAGACCUAUCCCCAGUUUCAGGUGAUCAAUAGCAACGCAAGGGGAACUCCAAAAACUGUUUCCAGCGAUGGCAAGAUCCCUAUACGUAAUAUCUAUUACCAAUCCGCUACCGGACUUAAGCAGGUUCCGGUGCAGAUGGUCGCGAAUCGUGUACCUGGCGGAGCUGUCGUUUCAACAACAACCUCCUCAUCUUCUGGAGCUUCUGCCGUGCGCCGGGUGGUUAACAUUGGUCCCGUUUCCAAGUUGACAGCCACAUCCACAUCAACAACAACUUCGACCGCGGCCUCUUUAUCUCAAAGCAAACAAUAGGUUUAAAACAUAUAUUGUUAUCUUGGUUAUUUUAAUAUAAGUUAACCCAUUUAAGGAUCAUAUCUCUGUAAAUAUGUUAAGAAAGCCAUAAAUAAGUUGGAAAUGAGGGGGUCUUGAACACUCCCCUUAAACAUUAUUUCAAGAAAAAUUAUUUCAUUUAAAUAAAAGAAAAAGAUUAAAGUAAA